CCACCGUAGAGGGCGUCCAGAGGCCGCUGGGACGGAAGCCGGGAAGCGCCGCCGACCGCGCCUGCGACAGCGUCAGCUCUGCGCGGAGCGCCGGCCCAUGGCGGCGGCGGCGGCGGCGGCGGCGGCGGCGAUGGCGGAGCAGGAGGGCGCCCGCAAUGGCGCCCGCAACCGGGGCGGCGUCCAGCGCGUAGAGGGCAAGCUACGCGCCAGCGUCGAGAAGGGCGACUACUACGAGGCUCACCAGAUGUACCGGACCCUCUUCUUCAGAUACAUGUCUCAGAGCAAACACGCGGAGGCCCGAGAGCUCAUGUACUCAGGAGCAUUGCUUUUCUUCAGUCACGGCCAGCAAAACAGUGCAGCAGACCUAUCCAUGCUGGUCCUGGAAUCCCUGGAGAAGGCUGAAGUUGAUGUGGCUGAUGAGCUGCUGGAAAACCUGGCUAAAGUGUUCAGUUUGAUGGACCCAAAUUCUCCGGAGCGAGUGGCAUUUGUGUCCAGAGCCCUGAAGUGGUCUAGUGGAGGAUCUGGGAAACUGGGCCAUCCCCGGCUCCACCAGCUGUUGGCCCUCACGUUGUGGAAAGAACAGAACUACUGUGAGUCUCGAUAUCACUUCCUGCACUCCACAGAUGGCGAGGGCUGUGCCAAUAUGCUGGUAGAAUACUCAACCGCCCGGGGCUUCCGCAGCGAGGUGGACAUGUUCGUGGCCCAGGCAGUGCUACAGUUUCUUUGUUUAAAAAAUAAAAACAGUGCAUUGGUGGUCUUCACAACGUACACGCAGAAGCACCCAUCAAUCGAGGAUGGUCCCCCGUUUGUUCAGCCCCUGCUCAAUUUCAUCUGGUUCCUGCUGUUGGCUGUGGAUGGUGGCAAGCUGGCAGUGUUCACAGUUCUGUGUGAGCAGUACCAGCCGUCCCUCCGGAGGGACCCGAUGUACAACGAGUACCUGGACAGGAUAGGACAGCUGUUCUUCGGUGUGCCGCCCAAGCAGACGUCUUCCUAUGGAGGCUUGCUAGGAAACCUGCUGAGCAGCCUCAUGGGCUCCUCAGAGCAGGAGGAGGGGGAGGAGAGCCAAGACGACAGCAGCCCCAUCGAGCUGGACUGAGCUGCCUGGCCUGCGUGGAGAUGCCCGGUCAGCGCUGCCCAGACGGCUUCAGACUUGAGGCCCAGAAGGCAGCUGCUUAUACCUGGCGGCUCCUAGGCUGCAGCUGCCGGGGGCUGCCCUGCAAUGUCUGUCCCUAUUUAUGGAAGGUGGCGGAGUGCUGCACGGUGGCCUGGCGCUGUGUGGCUGGGACGCAACGCGAGGCCUGGGCUCCUGCAGCCAACUGUGUCCCCUCAGCUCGAUCCACAAUAAAGCACAGGCCCUGGUGCGCCUCCCUCUGCCGUCCUUGUCUCUGGUUCCUUGGGGAGGGCUGUGGGGCCGGUGGCCUGGUGUCCAGCAAAGCCCAUGGUGUGGGCCAGGAGGCAGUGGAUUCCAGACGUGUGGAUUGAGCUGGGCCUUCUGCGGCCCCACAAGUGAGAGCAAGAUUCUUGUUUAUAUUUUUGUUUCGAACAUGAGGUCAUUUUGUAGUCAUGGUGUCCCUCUCCUUGUUGGAACACAUGAGCUGUGGGAUCAUCCCGUGCCUGCGGGUCCUCCAGGCCGUGGGCCCCACAGUGCCCUGUAUGGCCAGUGAGGCUCCUCUGCACAAGUCCAGAGCCACAGCCCUGCUGGCCUCUGAGGGCCGCGCUGCUGCCCCCAAAGCGUCAUUUCCGAAAGGGGUGCCGCAGAACAUGCCCUUGGUGAUGCAGUAUUUAUUUUUAUUGGGUGAUGGGUUUCUCUAACCUAAUGUUUUUGGUGUUAACCAAAUAACCAGGAAUGAGCAAAUCUGUCCUUUAUCACUGAUAAUAUUCCACGUUACCAGUAUAAUUAUAAAGGGCAACACUUUAUUUUUUCACAAUUAAAAUAAGAGUUGUAGAUUAAUACACAAUGACCAUGCAUGGGAAGGAGGGAAAUAUACGUUAUUUACUGUAAAAAUGGAAUUUAAAGGGAGGCUUGUGUCAAUGUUGCGUAUAAAUAAAUCCUUUGUACUGGC